UUCCACAGGCCGCGCGCACUGAUGUAAAACAUGUAGAAGAAGAAGCAGCUCGCUUUCUUUCUCUCUUCCAAUACAUUAGCGCGGUAUAGUGUCAAGCAAAGUUUCGUAAAACUCAUUUUAAUGGAAUUUGAAAAGAGCAUCUUACUUAGACGCAUAGACGACUUAAAGAUGACCGCAGCUGCAGGACACUUGACUCUCCAUUGUCAGCAGUGCAACACCGUCCUGGCAGACUCCUUUGGGAUUUGUGGAGAGUUGAAAUGCAUGGAGUCUGUCAUGUGCCAAAAAGUAACCAAUGAUGUGGUUGUUGGUGAUAAAGUAGUUUCUGGACAUACAGGGAGACUGGCUAAUUGCAUCUACAGCCAUCUAAAAUGCCGUUCCUGCCACUGUGUUCUGGGGAAAGUUAUUUACUCAGCUCCAUCCUAUUUAGCUUCUGUUCGCUCCAUCUUUCUUCUCCACAAAGCAAACAUCAGCUGUUACAUCCUUAACAGCUGCUCAAUGGUGAAAGCAUCAACAUUUACGUUUGAUCUGAAGCCACUCAAAGAAACCAUGAGUGAGAUGAAACAACAGUUUAAAGAGCAGAUGGAUGAGAUGUUGCACAUCAAGAGCAGACUGGCUGACAUGACUGUUAGCAGUGAAUUGAGCAAGUAGUGUGCACAAGCAAUCGAACCGGCCCUGAGAUUAGUGACCUCUAAAGUUUUUGUUGUAUUUGUAUGUUACUGGGGGCCAUUUAUGUCUUUCCAUAUGUCUCUGCAGCUGAUAAAAAUGUUAAUUCAUUUAGAUUCUUUCUGGAUAAAGUUGCACAGUACAAACCUCACUUCACUUCUAGUAGCUGAGUUUAAGAUUCUGUUGGUAUGUUGAAGCAAGAUGUUUCUCAUCUGAAAAGGUUUUAUAAGCGUCUCAUUCACACUUUGUAUUAAACUACCAAAGUUGGGAUAAGUUGGAAACUAUGGCUAGCUGCUCCCAUUUCAGUGUCCUUGUUUUAUAUCUGCAUCAGAAUGAAUACAUAUACUAUGUCUGUUUUGCUUUGUCAAUAAAGUGAAUAAUUUCUGA